UCUUACAAAUUCAAUCAAAAUAGAGACACGUUCAAAACACGCGGUGUGCAGAUGUUUAUAAAGAAUAAUAAACGCACUUACGCAGCAAACCAGCAGAGGGCACUGUUGCAAAUUCAAAAUAUUGACGGCGAAAGUAGAGCUGCCGCAACCCGAAGCUAGGUGGAAAUAGUGUUAUAAUGAAGCGACGAGUGCGUGUUGGUGGUGAAGAUGUGCUAAAUGCACGAGAUCGUCUCAAGGGAGCCCUGCAGGAAGUUUUAGAACAUAGUGACGAGUCUUCAGUAUCAAGCCAGGAUGAAGGAAUUCAGUCAGACUCCUUUGCUCGAGUCAGUGUCCCAGUCAAGAAACCAACAGUGGAAGCCAUUAACAGAUCUCGGACACAGCGCAAGCGACGUCGACGUGAAACCAUUAAAGAAGGGGAUUUCCAUCACACUUAUGUGAUGAAGCUGUUUGAUAGAAGCGUUGACCUGGCCCAGUUCAAGGAGGAUGCUCCAUUGUACCCAGUGUGCCGUGCCUGGAUGGCUAAUCAGCCACAUAACACAAACCUUGUACCAAAGAUGCGAACACCUACGCCAGAACCACCUUCAGAGGAUGUAAUGGAACAAAAUGCAAAGGAUCCUGUACGCAACAUGUACAAGAUGCCUCCUCCAGAACCCCUGCAGUUAGACCAAAAGAACUAUCAAGUCAACAUUCGAAUACCAUCACCAUUACCCAGGGAAUGUACAGAGGAUAUUAUUCUUGAUUAUGACAUACAGCCUGCUGUGCCAAAGGAGAUGCUAUUGCAAGAACAUCUAACUCGCUGGACAGCUGUAAGAAAAAAAUGGAUUGCAGCUGCUCAAUAUAAUGAAAGUCGGUAUGGUGACAGUGGCAAUAUUCUCAGAGCAAUAUUCAAAAGGGCCCAGAAUCUCUGAGAUGAAAGGGAGGACAUGGACUGUACAAAGAAAAAUAUGUUGAUGCGCAACCUUAAGUACCAGUCUUCCUGAUUUUCGUAUGAAGGAACGAAGGUCGCAUUUAAAGCAACGUGGUGCACACAGAACUGUUACCCUAUCCUUGUGUAUGCUUUGUGUGUGUGUGUGUGUGUGUGUGUGUGUGUGUGUGUGUGUCUAUAUACAAAACUGAGGUUAAGGAAAACACACACACACAGUAAGCAUCCAUAGUUGCUAAGUAAACUUCAGGCAGUCCAUUUUCAGAACUCAUCAUUUUUUGCGCCUUUCUGAUGUUUAGCAUCUCUUCUACUCACUGAAUAGUGAUCAGUACUCAUAUCAAUACUAUAUUCCAUUCUACUUUUUCCAACAACUUAUGAACAUAUUUCUUUGAGGAUUGUUCUUUCUCCACUGGUGAAAUACCAAUUCUUUGAUCUCCAAAUAUUUAAUACAGCUAAAAUGACACACCUCUAAAUUAUUAUUUCCUUCACAAGAUUAAAUUUUUGUAGAAUUUAUAUGAUCAGUGGACUGUGUAAAAUACGUAAUUUAAUAGUAAUUGUUGUAUGUGUGUGUACCUUACUGUGUGUGAUGAAACUAGAAUGUAGAAUACUGUCAGAAAUUUGAGUGACUGCCAGACAGUAACAGCUAAAAUGUUAAAUGUGUUCAGAUAGAACUCAAAAUUUUGUUCAGAUGGUAUAAAUAUAUUUGAAAUUUAAAAAGUU